UCUGAAAAGCGUUUUUCAAUCCGGAGCUCAGGCAUCUCUUUUCCUUUUCCACUUUCCAGGUCGGAAAAAAACCAACGGCGGAGGGCUCUUCUUAUCUAGGGUUUCAGAUCUUCUUCCAAAUCGCAUUCUCUCCUCUUCCAGCAGCGGAAAAAACUAAGGUCUGUAGAUCUGGAACGAAUCGUCUCCUUCCUAUUGGGCGAUCUGGAAAUUAAUCGACGGCGAGGAUUAAGCAUCGGAUAUUUCCCGGCAGUUAAUUAUAAUUUCAGUCUGCCAGAGUAGCGUAGUAUUUCUCCAACGGAAAAGGAAAGAAGACGGCAACAGCGCUCAAACGCCCCCGUCUCUCUAUCCUCCCCCAUUUCCAAAUCCAGCUUUACCAGUAUUUCAUAUCGACGAUCUAUCUCCCUCUCAUCUCUCCCUCUGAACAGGCACUAAAAAAGGAGAAAGACGGAAGAUCGAGUCGACUUGGCUCUCAGAUCCCAUGCCAUGAGCCUGCGGCAGCGCCAACCGCAAGCCCAUGGUCCGGCGGUAGGCCGCACCCCUCCACGCGGGCUGCCUGAUGCUGAAGAAGAGACCUUCAACAUAAUUCCCAUCCACAACCUCCUAGCGGACCACCCGUCGCUUCGAUACCCUGAGGUGCGUGCUGCUGCUGCCGCCCUUCGUGCAGUCGGGGACCUACGGAAGCCCCCAUUCGUCGCGUGGCGCGAUGGCAUGGACCUUCUUGACUGGCUCGGUGCCUUCUUUGGCUUCCAGCGCGAUAACGUCCGUAACCAACGCGAGCACCUCGUCCUCCUCCUCGCCAAUGACCAGAUGCGCAUCACCCCUCCUCCCGACAACAUCGACGCCCUCGAUCCGGCAAUCGUCCGCCGCCUUCGCCGCAAGCUCCUCUCUAACUACACCUCCUGGUGCAACUACCUCGGCCGCAAGUCCAAUGUCUGGAUCUCCGAUCGUGGGCCUGUAUCCGAUGCCGACCCCCGCCGCAACCUCCUCUACGCCUCCCUGUACCUACUUAUCUGGGGCGAGUCUGCCAAUCUCCGCUUUGUCCCUGAGUGCCUUUGCUACAUCUUCCACCACAUGGCCAUGGAGCUAAACCGGAUCCUUGAGGACUACAUCGAUGAGAACACAGGGCGCCCCGUGCUUCCGUCCGUGUCCGGUGAGAACGCCUUCCUCCACCGCGUCGUGGUUCCCAUCUACAGCAUCAUCAAGGCCGAGGUUGAGAGCAGCCGCAAUGGCACUGCCCCACACUCUGCCUGGCGUAACUACGAUGACAUCAACGAGUACUUCUGGAGCCGCCGCUGCUUUGACAAGCUGAAGUGGCCGCUUGAUCUGUCCAGCAACUUCUUUGUGGCGGGCGGUGGCGGCGGCCACAGGAAGGUUGGGAAGACAGGGUUCGUUGAGCAGAGGUCGUUCUGGAAUGUGUUGCGUAGCUUUGACCGGCUCUGGAUCAUGCACGUGCUCUUCCUCCAGGCUGCCAUCAUCAUUGCUAUGGAGGGCACAACGUACCCGUGGGAGGCGCUGCGGAAAAGGGAAGUCCAGGUCCGUGUCCUCACUAUUUUCAUCACAUGGGCAGGGAUCCGCUUCGUGCAGUCCCUGCUCGAUGCCGGCAUGCAGUACAGCCUCAUCUCCAGGGAGACUCCCUGGACUGGGGUGAGGAUGGUCUUGAAGAGCACCGUGGCUGCAGCAUGGACUCUUGCAUUCAGCAUACUGUACCGCCGGAUCUGGUCCCGGAAGGAUCAGGACAGGGGAUGGUCAGCAGCAGCUAAUCGGAGGCUGGUGAAUUUUCUUGAGGCUGGGUUCGUGUUCAUCCUGCCGGAACUGCUCGCAUUAGCUCUCUUUGUGAUUCCUUGGGUCCGGAAUUUCCUUGAGAAGACAAACUGGAAGAUCUUGUAUGGGCUGACGUGGUGGUUCCAAAGCAGGACAUUUGUCGGCCGUGGCCUCAGGGAGGGGAUUGUGGACAACAUAAAGUAUACGCUCUUCUGGGUCAUGGUGUUAGCUGCGAAAUUCUCCUUCAGUUACUUCCUGCAGGUCAAGCCCAUGAUCAAGCCGACAAAGGCGUUAUUGGAGAUUAGAGACAUCAAGUACCGAUGGCAUGAGUUCUUCUCUAACACGGGCAGGUUUGCAAUUGGGCUGCUGUGGACACCAGUUGUUCUCAUAUAUUUAAUGGAUGUGCAGAUCUGGUACUCAAUCUUCUCUUCGAUGGUUGGGGCAUUGGUGGGGCUGUUUUCUCACUUGGGUGAGAUUCGGAACAUCAGCCAGCUGCGGCUGAGGUUCCAGUUCUUCGCAAGUGCGAUACAGUUCAAUCUGAUGCCGAAGGAGCAGCUGUUCAGGACGAGAGGGACGCUGCGGAACAAGUUCAAUGAUGUGGUCCAUAGGCUGAAGCUGAGGUAUGGGCUGGGGAGGCCGUAUAGGAAGAUGGAUUCGAAUCAAGUGGAGGCCAACAGGUUCGCCUUGAUAUGGAAUGAGAUAAUCACAACCUUCAGGGAAGAAGAUAUUAUCAGCGACCGUGAGAUGGAACUCUUGGAAUUGUCACCAAAUUCUUGGAAUAUAAGGGUUAUCCGAUGGCCAUCCCUGCUCAUCUGCAACGAGCUGUUACUUGCUCUCAGCCAGGCCCAGGCAAUGGAAUUGGAUAAGUCAGACAAGGUGCUAUGGCGGAAAAUCUGUAAGAAUGAGUACAGGCGGUGUGCUGUCAUUGAGGCUUACGACAGUAUCAAGCACUUGCUGCUCGAGAUCAUUAAUGAUCGUACAGAGGAACAUGCCAUCGUGUAUAACCUGUUUGAGGAGAUUGACCAGGCGCUUCAGAUUGAGAAGUUCAUGCAGACGUACAGGAGAGAUGUGUUGCCGAAUGUCCAUGCCAAGCUGAUAUCCCUCGUCGACCUUCUGACCAAGCCGAAAAAAGAUUUGACCAAGGUGGUGAAUGCAUUGCAGACCCUGUAUGACAUUGUGAUCCGAGACUUCCCGAAGGUGAAGAGAAAUGUUGAACAGCUGAGGCAGGAUGGGUUGGUCCCGCAGAGAACUACCUCGGGGUUGCUCUUCGAGAAUGCUGUUGAGUUGCCCGAUGAAGAGAACACAAACUUCUACCGGCAGGUGAGGCGUUUAAGGACAAUUCUAACCUCAAGAGAUUCAAUGAUUAAUGUUCCUGUGAAUCUUGAGGCAAGACGCCGUAUCGCCUUUUUCAGCAACUCUUUGUUCAUGAACAUGCCUCAUGCUCCCCAAGUUGAAAAGAUGCUGGCUUUCAGUGUUCUGACUCCAUACUACAGCGAAGAUGUCCUUUACAGCAAGGAACAGCUGCGCACUGAGAAUGAAGAUGGUAUCUCUAUCCUGUUUUAUCUGCAGAAGAUUUAUGACGAUGAAUGGGAGAACUUUAUCGAGCGCAUGCGCAGAAAUGGAAUGGUCAAAGAAAAUGAGCUUUGGAGUGAAAGGUUGAGGGACCUCCGCCUUUGGGCAUCAAACAGAGGCCAGACGCUGUCCCGUACAGUAAGGGGAAUGAUGUACUACUACAAGGCUCUGAAAAUGCUGGCCUUUCUUGAUUCUGCAUCAGAGAUGGACAUAAGGGAAGGGUCCAGGGAACUUGCUGCUGUUGGUUCGAUGAGGCAUGACAGCAGUUUUGAUGGUUUGGGUUCCUCUGCUCGGUCUCCAUCUUCACGGAGUAUGAGCAGAACAAGCAGCAGCAUCAAUUUAUUAUUCAAGGGCCAUGAAUAUGGGACUGCUCUGAUGAAAUACACCUAUGUGGUUGCCUGCCAGAUCUAUGGGACUCAGAAGGCAAAGAAAGACCCGCAUGCCGACGAGAUUUUGUAUCUGAUGAAAAACAAUGAAGCCCUUCGUGUCGCCUAUGUGGAUGAGGUUCACACUGGAAGGGAUGAAGUGGAGUAUUACUCUGUUCUUGUCAGGUAUGAUCAGGAGUUGCAGAAAGAGGUGGAGAUCUACCGGAUCAGGUUGCCUGGGCCCUUGAAGCUAGGGGAGGGCAAACCAGAGAACCAGAAUCACGCUAUUAUUUUCACUAGAGGUGAAGCAGUUCAAACCAUUGAUAUGAAUCAAGACAACUACUUCGAAGAGGCCCUCAAAAUGCGGAAUCUGUUGGAGGAAUUUCAUAGCUACCAUGGCAUCAGGAAGCCAACGAUCUUGGGAGUCCGCGAACACAUCUUCACCGGUUCCGUCUCGUCACUUGCCUGGUUCAUGUCUGCCCAGGAGACGAGCUUUGUCACCCUCGGGCAGCGGGUUUUGGCAAACCCUUUAAAGGUACGGAUGCAUUAUGGUCACCCAGAUGUGUUUGAUCGGUUGUGGUUUUUGAGCCGUGGUGGUCUCAGCAAGGCUUCAAGGGUGAUCAACAUCAGCGAGGAUAUAUUCGCUGGAUUCAAUUGCACGUUGCGCGGUGGCAAUGUGACGCACCACGAAUAUAUACAAGUCGGCAAGGGACGUGAUGUCGGUCUCAAUCAGAUAUCCAUGUUUGAGGCAAAGGUUGCUAGUGGCAAUGGUGAGCAGGUACUUAGUAGGGAUGUGUAUCGGUUGGGUCAUAGGUUGGACUUCUUCCGGAUGCUUUCAUUUUUCUACACAACUGUGGGGUUCUUUUUCAACACCAUGAUGGUUGUCUUGACUGUUUAUGCAUUUAUCUGGGGUCGCCUUUAUUUGGCUCUCAGUGGAAUUGAAGAUACAAUUGUGAAUGCUACAAACUCUUCCAACAAUGCAGCACUUGGUACGAUCCUCAAUCAGCAGUUUAUCAUCCAGCUCGGCCUGUUCACUGCCCUCCCAAUGAUUGUAGAAAACUCUCUUGAGCAUGGGUUUCUUCCUGCAAUCUGGGAUUUCUUGACAAUGCAGCUCCAGCUCGCAUCUGUUUUCUACACAUUCUCUAUGGGAACUCGUACACAUUUCUUUGGGCGGACGAUUCUUCAUGGUGGUGCAAAGUAUCGAGCUACUGGGCGUGGUUUUGUUGUGCAGCAUAAGAGCUUCGCUGAGAACUAUAGGCUCUAUGCUCGUAGCCAUUUUGUCAAGGCCAUCGAGCUUGGUGUGAUUUUGACAGUUUACGCAUCAUACAGUCCUGUUGCUAAAUCAACUCUUGUUUACGUAGUUAUGACGAUCUCCAGUUGGUUUCUUGUAGUAUCGUGGAUCAUGGCACCCUUCAUAUUCAACCCUUCUGGAUUUGACUGGUUGAAAACCGUAUAUGAUUUUGAUGAAUUUAUGAACUGGAUAUGGUAUCGUGGUGGGGUAUUUGCAAAAGCUGAUCAGAGCUGGGAGACCUGGUGGUAUGAGGAACAAGAUCAUUUAAGAACGACCGGUCUUUGGGGAAAGAUAUUGGAGAUAAUUCUCGAUCUCCGUUACUUCUUUUUCCAGUAUGGGAUCGUGUAUCAGCUUGGCAUUUCCAAUGGAAACACCAGUAUUGCUGUCUACCUUCUAUCUUGGAUAUAUGUGGUUGUGGCCCUUGCUCUUUUUAUGAUAAUUGUGCAUGCUCGGGACAAGUAUGCUGCAAAGGAACAUAUCUACUACCGGGCAGUUCAGUUCUUCAUUAUCUGUCUUUCAAUACUCGUGAUCAUCAUCUUGCUGAGAUUCACGAGCUUUAAGUUUAUUGAUAUUCUCACAAGUCUGCUGGCAUUCAUCCCAACUGGUUGGGGUAUGCUAUCUAUUGCCCAGGUUUUCCGGCCUGUUUUGCAGUCCACUAUGGUGUGGGGUAUUGUGGUUUCUGUGGCUCGGCUGUAUGAUAUACUGUUUGGAGUGAUUGUAAUGGCUCCAGUGGCGCUGCUAUCAUGGUUGCCGGGAUUCCAGUCGAUGCAGACGAGGAUCCUCUUCAAUGAAGCGUUCAGUCGGGGCCUACAGAUAUCUCGUAUUCUAACAGGCAAAUGAUCUUAUAUUGACUUAUGAGCUGAGGUUCAGAGAUGUAGUUAGAGAUAUGAGUAUGAUAGUGGGCCGUUUGCAUUUUCUUCAUGGGUUUUCUGUAUAGCAGCCGACACUCCCUUCUCCUUUCAAAUUCCAUGGGAAGAAAAAGGUCACAUUGUUUCCUCCUCUUCUCGUCUAUUUACUGUUUACUGUUGUAGUUUAUUAUUAUUUUUGACCUCUCCAUUCAUACACUGUAAUUUUUGUUCAGUAGAGCUUUGCUUUUCUACGGUUGUGUUCAUUCAUAGAUAUAUUCUAAGGCGAGUAUAGCAUAUCGAAAGCACUGAGUAAUUACUU